AUUAGGCUUGCGGUUCUUGACUUAGUGAUAACAACCAGCGGAGGAGAGUGCUUUCUGAUAUAAUCCAUUAUGCUGGUAUUCGAUGUAAUGGUUAAUUAGUGUCUUUGGAUGUAACUUCACUUGAAUGUAUGGAUUUCUUAUUUCAUAGACUUUAUUGAAAAUCAGCCUGUCGGGAAUCGAAAAGUAUGACAAACUACCUGGUUCUAUAAGACUUUGACAAGCAAAGGAAAGACGACUUUGCACUUGCACUAUUAUUGAAGACGAAUUCCACAAUUUAGGAACAUUCUGACGCUUUAAUCAAAAUAACACUUGAUAGUUGUGUUAUUUUAUAUGUAUAUUUGUAUACUUUAAUAAUGUUCUAUCAUACAUGAAUAAUCGAUAUAUCGGACAAAAGUCCAUAUAAACCUGCUGAAAAAUGACAAACUUGUGAACGACGUCUUUGCUACUAGAUUAGUUUCUGAAUUUCAUCUGUGUGAAAAUGGCAAAUACAUUUGAAAAAGUGUUAAAUGUAAUUGGAAAGAAACCAGAUCUUCGACAAGAUUUUGAAAUCCAGGAUUUGUUACCAUGGUUACGGAAGAAGUCCAAGUUGUUCUCCACAUUAAAAACAGAAUAUCUAAAAGACAUUGUCAGGAGUUGUAGCGUUGGGAAAUACAAACGUGAUGACGUCAUCAUAAAACAAGGAGAAAUCGGAGAUUGUUUCUACAUCAUCCUAGCAGGCAAAAUCUCCAUCUUUAUCCUUAACAAGGACCGGGAUGGCGGUAACGACGGCGAGGAGAAAGAUGCUUUUGGGGCCAUCGGGACGCUCAAUAAAGACGGCGUCCUUGAUCGAUCGAAGCUCGGGAACUUUGUGACGAGUCUUGGAACCGGUUUUCCGUUUGGCGAAGUUGCGCUCGUUUCCGACGAUGCCAUCCGAACAGCUACGAUCGUUGCCGAAGAGGAUACGGACUUACUCGUCGUCGAUCGGGCGCUGUACAAUAGAGCAGUUCGCGACGUACUGGCUGCGGAAUUUGAAGAAAAACAAGCAUUUAUUAAGACAAAUGACCUGUUUUCUUCAUGGACACCGAAAUACAAGAAGCAGUUGACGAUGGCCAUGUAUAAAGAGAUUUAUUGUUACGAUUCUGUCCUGGUGAAACAGGGGGACCAGGUGAACAACAUAUAUUUCAUAAUCAGUGGCCAGGUCGAGAUACGAGCUGACACGAGCCAACAUCCAACUCAGUACCCAAAACUGUACAAGCUACUUGAAGAUGAAAGAGAAAAACUUAUUAAGCAGAAAAGACACAAAAAGCAGCACGAAACAGAAAAUGUCCAAAAUAUCCCUCCGUCACUGAAGAAAAAAGAAUCUACCAUCAGGAAACACAAAAUGUGCUUCCUCGGCAUGAACGAGUCUUUAGGGGAAGUGGAAGUUUUGAUGGACAUGGACACAUACAUGACCACUGCCGUCUGCACGGAAAAGACCGAAGUUAUCGUGCUUGAAAUGAAACAUUACGAACGCUUGUUCGUUAAAAAGCACCAACGGACCAUUGACGCAAUGAGACGUCGCCUUGAGGUGAAGCUUAACACGAAGACGUCAGUAUUGAAAGAGUAUGACGCCAUACCGCUGUUGAAAUUGCUUCAACUGAAGUUAAGCCUUUUGCACAAUCCACCUCAGACACCGGAAGACAAGAAAAAACGAAAUGAAACGUCAGUCCAGGUUGCCGAGAAACUCUUCUUUAACCACCAGGGCCCUCUACUUGAUAUGGACGGACCCGGAAGCGUAUUUUACAUGAUUCGAGCUAGGGAGAAAUCCCGACUAAGGCUGCAGCAACACCGGAAGGACCGCCAGGAAGCCCGAAAAAACAACCAUUUUAACGCUCACCUCCAUUCCAUUCGUCUUCCACAAUCCCUUUUAAUGGCCGCCCAAAUUGCAAUUGAAAACGAGGCCGGAAAUGACCCUCAUUUUGACUUGCCUGAAAUAUCUUUACCUCCUCCUUCGACACGCAUUGAGGUUGCGAAACGUCCUCAAAACAGUGAAAUUGACGUAGUUGCGAGUCAAAACAGAGCCGAGUUGGAAAUAAUUCCCGACCCAAAAGGCGACGGUGACAAAAUUAACGAAAAUGGUGACAUUGUGAAAGAAAAAGCUCAGGAAAAUGUUGACCUGCUUCCAGAAUCAUUGCUCAGGUCAUUCAGGCGCAUUCAGAGUGCAACAAAGAGUACUUCCAGUCGUUCAGUUGACCAUGAUCAGAAAAAUGGUACGGUAGAAAUAAAGCACGAACACAGAAUUCGAUCGUUACCGUCCUCACCUAGGCUAAGAAUAGAACGGUGUAAAACUGAAACGAAGUUGCAAAGGUUGGAAACCAAGGUGGAAGAAUGGUUGAAGAAAGAUAACCCUAAGGCAUCCGCACACGUAUCAAAAUUAAGGAGAAUACAGCUGGAGGAAAUGGAAACACCCCCAAAGCCUGGAAAUAAAAUCGUAGUAAGACGACGGUCAAGAGGAGUGCGCAAUGAUAAGACUACGCAUACCGGAAUCGGAAGUUCAGAAUUUACCGGAAGUGCACUAUUUCCCGAAAAAUCGUUUUUUUCGCCGCAAAGGUCAAACACAAAUGUGACUUCUUUUGCUAAUUCAAACAAAGAAGAUCGAUCGCUUGACAGAUUUAAAAUACUCCUCACCAACUAGAAAUUAUUUAAAUGAUCAUUGAUUUCGAAAAAGGUUGAGUAUUCUGCUUCCUGUGUGUAUUAAGAAAACAAUUUCUACAAAAUGCCAAAAUAUGUGUGAUAUUUUUGUUCUACUUACAUAAUUAUCAUUAAUCAUUAACCUAAUAAUCAUUUUAAAUACAAAUUGCUUCGUAGAUUGUAUUCAAAGUAGUUUUAUUUACAAGUCAUG